AUGUUCGUGCAUGAUGCAGCACAGGAAACCAGGAAGAGAGGCCACCCUCCUUUCCAUUCCCAGCAGCAGUUUAGCGUAAUUCGAUCAUGUUGUCGUUAGAACGGAGCCUUGUUUUGCGCCCACUCCUUACGAACCCUGCAGGUGGCGCUAUGCUCUGUAUAAACGCGGCUGCUUGUCUUGCUCCGCCCCGAAGGCUUGCGCUUUGGUGGCCUUCGAUUAUGCUUCCCUUAUAUUUGCGAGGUGUGUGUUGCUUCGCUUUAAUCUUGGACCUCUCUUUCUCUAGAAUUUAAUAAGCGUGUCGAAUGAAAGCCUAUAUCCCGUAAUAACAAACUGUGAGAUAGCAGGAGUUUGGGAUACCUAUUUUGCUCUGGCUCUUAGCACGGGCGAUGGCCUAGCGGGGGCAGAGGGGCAGCUGCCUUCCCCAGAUCAAGUAAAACAAUAGAAAUACUUAACUGACAGUCGGUCCUGCCCCCCUAACAAAAAUCCUGGCUACGCCCAUGGCUCUUAGCAGCAUAUACUGUGAAAACCUCUGUGUAUGAGUGUAUUUUCACAGUUUGCUGUGCAAAUUCGACCCUUAAUAUAUAGGUAAAAAGAAAGAAAGCUUCGUCUCUAUUGGCUCAGUCAACAGAACUUCCAGCCUAUGUAAAGUUUUUUAAUGCUUCCGGUUUGGACUUUGAGCAUCCAGGUGGAAGGAGUUCCAGAGCUACCAGUCAGCCACACGAGCUAAUGUUAUGGUUAUGAAUUAUUCAGAAAUAAGACCCCUUUUAUGUUUUGUUUGUGAAUAGGUUUCAGAAACCAUGAAGCAGAAAUCACAUAGAACCCUCCUGUCCUGUGCCAUAGAAUCUUCAUGCUUCAUGGGAUCAACUCCGAUUCUGUUGGGUUACUAUCUCUACUAAAAACAACAAAUUAUUGUGGCACCUUGAAAACUAACAGAUUUAUUGUGGCAUAACUAUUCGUAGAUUACAGUUCACAUAAUCAGGUGUAUUCAGUGUUGCUCUUAGUUGCAGAGACAGUUGGUGUGGGUUGUAAACAGUGAGGUCAGAAGGAAAUAAAAUGUGAAAAGUAGAGAUGGUGAUAAUUACCUUAUUAACAGUUGUGUUGCUAACAGAAGCUCUGGCAUUAGUAAAUCAAUUAGCAUAUACAGUGGUACCUCAGGUUAAGUACUUAAUUCGUUCCGGAGGUCCAUACUUAACCUGAAACUGUUCUUAACCUGAAGCACCACUUUAGCUAAUGGGGCCUCCCGCUGCUGCCGCGCCGCCGGAGCAUGAUUUCUGUUCUCAUCCUGAAGCAAAGUUCUUAACCUGAAGCACUAUUUCUGGGUUAGCGGAGUCUGUAACCUGAAGCAUAUGUAACCUGAGGUACCACUGUAUUGUGUGAUAAAAAUCCAUUGCGUCCAUUCUAUCCACAAGUGAUAGCACCGAACUUACUGAUGAGGCAUAAUUUAUCUGUUUCAUGUAGCAUUCUCCCUUUGAAGUUCCAAUAUAGUGGUUCCUCGGGUUACAUAUGCUUCAGGUUACAUACGCUUCAGGUUACAGACUCUGCUAACCCAGAAAUAGUACCUCGGGUUAAGAACUUUGCUUCAGGAUGAGAACAGAAAUCGUGCUCUGGCAGUGCGGCAGCAGCAGGAGGCCCCAUUAGCUAAAGUGGUGCUUCAGGUUAAGAACAGUUUCAGGUUAAGAACGGACCUCCGGAACGAAUUAAGUACUUAACCUGAGGUACCACUGUAUAGCCACCUUAAGGUCAAUUAUGGAGUGUCCCGGGAGACUGAAAUGUGCUCUUGCUGGUUUUCCCAAUAUUGCCAGUUCUGAUGCCAGGAUUUCUGUUCAUUCAUUCUGCUUAGUUUCCAGUGAUGUUUUUAAUAGUAGCCUUUUUUGUGGUUCAGUAAUGAUCUUUUCUCUCCCGCCUACCCUCCCUCCCUUUUCUCCUGUGGGGCCAGCCAAAGGUUUGCUGACAUUAUGUUAUCAUCUUGUGGUUUGAUAACUGAUUCCUUCUGCUUACUUUCUGCCAUAUGCCCAGGAUGCCUGCAUUGGGGAGGAGGCAGGGGAAUGCAUCUGGGCACUUGGCACUGAACAUAGCCAGAUGGAAUCCCACAAAAGAAGCUGCGCUGAGGAGGCAGCCAAGCCAGCAAGGGCUGCUGAAGAUCCUUGUAGCUCGCAGAAACAAGCUGCAGAAGCCCAGGAUGAAAAUCGGCACAGGUGAACUGGGAACUCGCUGCCUUGGAACGGUGUGACUUCAGGAAGUAAUAUGCCAUCUGAAAUGUUUAUAAAAUGUGCCAGUUCGGGGGAGAUGACUUUGCUUCCUCUUAUGGUCUAUUGCAGUACUAUUCACUGGCAAACUGGGGAUAAUACCAUCUAUCUUGCCAGCAUCAGCACAGAUUUCAGGAUUGCAAGUGCUCAUACAAAGUGACACUUGCUAUUGAAAUCUUCUGUGAGUACUAUUCUAACACGGGGCUGCUGCUUGUACUAAGUGUUUUGUCUGUGCACGUUACAAACAUGAGUUGUUUUAUAAUUAUACAGUGUUGUAAAAUACAUGUACCAUGGCUGCAAGAGAGCCACGAUUGGCCAGGACAUUGGUCACUUAUAAUGUGUGAAGCAGAGCACAUGGUAGCUGCUGAAACUAGGAAAUGCUGUGGUACCAGGCAGUGUUGCAGAAAGCACAGUAUAUAGCAUGCCCUUUUUGACAGUGCAGCUACAUAAGAUGCUAUAUACUUGUUUGUCAGCUGACAUCAACAGCCUAGAUGGGUUUUCUUUCCACCCAGUACUCAAGGCCAGAUUAAGGUGGUUGAGGACCCCUGGUGCAGUUCCCAAAAUUGGAACCACCUUCCCCUCAAAAGGAUCAAAUAAGAUACCACUAAAUAAAGCAAUCUGUUAUGGCACGAGAAAGGUUUUGAGCAUGUGUAGUUUUAUAACUCUUUUGUUUGCAAAAAAAUAUAUAUAUUGCCAGCUUUGAUAAAUAAUAAAUAAAUAUGCUCUGAGCAUGUGGAGUUUCACAUUAUAAACUUGCUUAAUUCAUCCUUGCUUUUGCUCAGUUUCUACCUUGUUCCAGUCACCAACUCUCAGCCUAAACUAGCUCACAUGGCUGUUCAGAGGCUAUAGGAGGCAGUAUACAAUAGCUGCCAAAGGGGAUUAAGUGCUUGUAUCAUAGGCAUAAAAGUGUGGUUCCUUUAACCAGAAUAAAGCAUCUUUGUAGUAUAAAGGACCAUGUUUUUCUGCAUUUCCCCAGCAAAUUAGCACAGCUCCAAGGCUUCCACCAAUCUUCAUUUGACCUGAUUAUUGCGUGUUUUAGAUGCAUAAAUUCCACUUAAGUUCCAUUGAGUCUACUCCCAGGUUAGUGUGCAUAAGUGAUUGAUUCCUAAGAGGAGUUAUCUUAGGCCUGUAGCCUAAGAUAACAAAGUAAUAUUUCAUUUUACAAGUGACUUCAAAAAAAACCCCAUUUAAUAGGUAAAAUAGUAAGAAAAGCAUACCAUCAUUAUUUUUCCUAACUGAGCAGUGAAAAAAAUAAAAACUGCUCUCCCUUUCCAAUGUUCUGCCCCAGUGACAAAACUACUAAGAUAACCAACAGCCUUUUAAUAUGUUAUAGAAUAAUCCUAUAUCCACUUAGCUGGAAGUAAGUCACGUUUAUUGUGUAGUAGUAUUGCAGAAAUUAACUUCUAGGGAGAACUUGAUAGCGGAUCAACUUAUCUUAGGAAAGAUGCAUCCUGGUUGCUAGGAAUUAUUAUUAUUAUUAUUAAUUAAUUAAUUAAUUAAAUUAAAUUUCUGUGCUGCCCUUCUGAGGAUCACAGGGCAGUUUACAAAAAUAUAGCACAGAAACAAACAAUACCCCUCCCCAAUUUAAAAGGCCAUAGGUUUGUUUAAUUAGCCAUCGGCUUGGGAGAAGAGGAAUGUUUUUGACUGGUGCCUAAAGAUAUGUAAUGAAGGUGCCAAGUGAGCCUCCCUUGGGGAGAGCAUUCCACAAACAGGGAGCCACCACAGAAAAGGCCUGUUCUAAUGCUACUGCCCUCUGGACUUCUUGCAGAAGAGGCACACAAAGAAGAGCCUCUGUUGAUGAUUGCAGGAUUCAGGUCAGUUCAUAUGGGGAGAAGCAGUUCUUGAGGUUUAGCUGUCGUGAGCCUAUAACCUUAGGCUAUAGUUACCGGUACUUUGGGGCUAGAACUGGCGAGCUGUAGUUUGAGCUUAGACCCCCCAAUCGGAUUUCAGCACUAAACCAUGGUAGUAUUAGCUUGGAAGGCAAGUGCAAGCCAGUUUUCUGCUUCAAGCGUAAUGACAAACUGAGGUUUGAACUGAAAAGGUAGUAACUAAUUGAAAUGGAGCAGUCAAAGGGAGGAGGCAGUACAUGAGCACAAGACUUGCUAACAAUCUGAAAUCAGUGUUUCUGAGGGAUAAAUUCCAAUUCCUGGUAGCUGAAGUUGUGAAGAAGUUGAGGACUACUUGAAUCUAAUCCAUCCUAACUAUUAUUAUUUUUAAAAAUUUCAUAUUGUAACAGAAGAAAUUGACUUGGAAAAUGCUCACACCACUUUUCAAGACCAUAGCAGUAGGAUGUGGCCAUUAAGGGGCGCUACCACACAAAGAGAAGCUGGAACAAUCUCCUUGGCUGUUUUCCAGGGGUUAUUAGCCUCUGCCCCAAUGAGCCUCCUUAAGGACUCCUUCCCAUAUUGGUACAUUUGGAUCUCAAUAUAAGCCAUUGUUACUAACCUACUAUGAAUGUGUUGAUGGCACCUACUUUGCUGCUCUCUGCUAGCAUAUGGAAGAAAGAAGCCAUGCUCCCUGACUUAAUAUUAGCAUUCAAACUGGGAACCACGGUUUGUUUGAAUCAUAAUCAGUAAGCCAAGAACAAGCCUUCGCUACAGAUUAUUUGGACCAGGGUUUAUAAUCUCUGUGCCUCUUGCUAGUACCAGUGGCGUAGCGUGGGUUGUCAGCACCUGGGGCAAGGCAAGUAAUUUGCGCCCCCUAACCCGUGGAUUUGCGCCCCCUAACCCUAACCCCCAGAUGUUGCGCCCAGUGCGGCCGCCCCCCCCCAGCACCCCCCACGCUACGCCACUGGCUAGUACGAAAGGAGACCCUGAUGAGUACGAUGUCAUAUUAACAUUUCCAUGUUUUCAACAGGACCCGAAUUGGCUAAAAGGAAUCAUAAGGAUCCUCCUGUGGAUCAGAAAUUGCUUGAGUACAGUGGUACCUUGGGUUAAGAACUUAACUUGUUCCGGAGGUCUGUUCUCAACCUGAAACUGUUCUUAACCUGAGGUACCACUUUAGCUAAUGGGGCCUCCCGCUGCCGCUGCGCCACCACAGCACGAUUUCUGUUCUCAUCCUGAAGCAAAGUUCUUAACCUGAAGCACUAUUUCUGGGUUAGUGGAGUCUGUAACCUGAAGCGUCUGUAACCCGAGGUACUACUGUAGCAGCAAGCAGAGAGCAGGAAUAAAUGGAUAGUUCUCCGAAGGGAGAGAUGUCAAUAGUGAAGUCCCCCAAGGAUUAGUUUGGGACCUGUCCUUUUUAACUUGUUUCUAAAAGAUGUAGAGCUAGAGGUGAGCAUUGCUGUGAAGGGAUGCAGGGUUAUGAUUGAACCUACCAGAAGGGAAGGUGCUGUGAUUCUUCCCUGUACUAUCAAGAGGUCUGAAUAGAUGGGGUGAUUUUAUUAUAGAAUGGAAAAGAUAGUUGGCAUGCUCAGAAACUGAAACGAAGAGCUUUCUUCUACCAACCCCUAUUUGUUAUUUUUAAAUCAACCAUCAUCUUUGUGCUCCCCAUGCCAUGCUACCUCACAAAAUUAAUCUCCUCUUUAACGCUUAGCAUAAGUAGGCAACGAUGGAAAUGAGCCUGAGGGAAAUGUAUCUCUUUGUUAACCAUAGAUUUGGAAAGAAGGAAAAGUUAUUGCAUGCCUACAACGAAAACAGAGAGAACCUCGCGCAGUGGAAACUUUUUUGGCAGCUCAAGAGUGCAGGUGAAGGAAGGUGAUGCUAACCCUAGACUUCCUAACCAACAAUACCUCUGUACUCCUGAAGUUCUAAAUUUACUAUUACACCACCAGCUUGUUUUCACUGGAUAGUAACUUUGACCAUUAGGAGGAAUGUAAUGUAGUGCUUAGAUUUCUGCUUGCUUGAUGGAACAACCUCCCCUCUCCACAUGCUGUUAUGGGGGUCCCCUGAACUCCACCAGCCAAUUUGGGAGGGGCGGGGUGGGGAAACCCCAUUGUGCUGGCUGUCCUUGGAUAGGUUUCUGCUAGGGAGACCGGUUAGUUGAAUCUGGCCUACUGUCUUUAUGUGAUCAAAUAUAUCAGUGGUGUCCUUUUAUGUGAUGGUUACAGUAUAUGCAGCUUCAGGGGUAAUUGCAGAAGUGGCUUUGGAAUAGAAUGUAAUGUUGGCUGGGUGGGUAUCUGCAAUUCUCCCCGUGCCUGAUUUUAUUUGGUUGGAAGAGGGCUUGAUUAUGACCAUUUCUGGUGUUUAACAUGUUUUAAGUAACUUAUAAGGCAUUGUGUGAAGGCAUAGAUUUGUAUGCCUCUCGUACACUGAUGAAAUCCAGAGCUAAGCAAUUGGGCUGGGGCUUAUUGGGUUGACUUACAAAGAUGCCAGCCUGCAUGACAUUAGCUUCUGCCCAGAUGAUUCCUGAUUAGAACAAGCAAUGGGCCACUGAUUGCUGCACACAGAUAUCUUGUACAUAUAUGAGUAUGCAGAAGCUUUUAAAGUGCAUUUAAAAAAGGAAGACUACUCAAACAUCUGCAGUGGUAGUUCCAAAUAAGAAACUGUCCUUGGCAGACUGUUGCCUUUUAUCAGAACUGCUCUUCAAGGGUAAAAUGAGACAAAUUGCUUUCAAAAAUGGAUAUUUGCCUAGGGACACUUUGAACAAAGCUAUUUUUAUUCUGAAGGUAGGAUAAUAUUCUAGUUGGUCUUUGCUCCCCUGGGUGGGGCUUUUAACCUCAAUAGUUUUGAAAUGGUAGCAGUAACCAUAUGAUGAAAAAAUAAAUAAAUAAAAUAAAAUCAGAUCUGCAGUCUCUGAUAAACUAGAUAUUUUCAGAAGCUGGAUAUAUGGUAUCCCCUUUAAUCUUUCCAUACCUCUGACUAGGAAAGAUGGAUAGCUACCCCUCUGCUUUUCUUUCUUUACAGAUAGAAAGGUGGGGAAGCUUUCCUUUCGGAAAUAUGUAAAGUACUGUCCUUCAUCUUACGGGGCUGAAGAUCUUUAA